ACCUGGACAAACAUGGCUACUUCAGAAUCUCCUAAACGAGGUAAAGGAUCAGCCAAGGCGCCCUCCUUGGAAGUUAGAACAGGUCACAUGAGUAGGGCCUUUUUCCUUUGGUAUUCACAUUUGGAGCUACUGGCCGGUUUCAUAUUCCUCCUACUUUUCUCCAGUGGCACUUACUCAACGAAUAAGCCUGAUGUUGAAGGUGAAGCUUUAAUGGAAUUCGUAACAGCUUUGAAUGAUUCCAAUAACAGAGUUGAUUGGGAUUUCCAUUUUGUGAGCCCUUGUUUCAGUUGGUUUAAUGUUACAUGUUUAAAUGGGAAUGUCGUGGCUCUGAGCCUAGCUUCUAAAGGAUUUUCAGGAACUGUCUCGCCAUCCAUAACCAAACUAAAAUCCUUGGUUACAUUGGAUCUGCAUGAUAAUAACUUGUCUGGUGAUUUGCCCGGUUGUCUUAGCACCAUGGAGAAUCUGCAAAAUCUGAAUCUUGGACAAAAUAAAUUUAUUGGUCCUAUACCAACCACUUGGGGCCAAUUUUCAAACCUUAAACAUCUGAUACUGAAGGAAAACCGCUUAAGUGGACCCAUUCCAGAUUCACUUGUUAAUGUCGCUAGCUUGAUGCAAUUGGAUCUCUCAUCCAAUGACCUAACUGGAAGAAUUCCAACUAAGUUGUUUUCAUUGCCCACAUUCAAUUUCACAGGCACACAUCUUAGUUGUGGCACAGCUUUCCAGCAACCUUGUGUUUCAAGUUCCUCUGUUCCAGUUUCUGGCAAGAAAAAGAGGGUCCAAGUUGUAAUAACUGGUGUUACCUGUGGUUUAUUCAUUCUUCUAUUGCUUGGGGGUGCUUUUCUACACCAGUUUCGUAAAGUACGGAAGUUCAAACAUGAUGUAUUUGUCGAUGUUGAAGGUGAAGAUGAAUGCAAGAUUUCGUUUGGACAACUGAGAAGGUUUUCUUGGCGCGAAAUCCAGCUUGCAACAGACAAUUUCAGUGAGAGCAGUGUUAUUGGACAAGGAGGUUUUGGAAAAGUUUAUAAAGGCAUGCUUUCAGAUAACACAAAGGUUGGUGUGAAACGCCUAACAGACUAUCACAGUCCUGGUGGAGAGGCCGCAUUUCUUAGGGAAGUUCAAUUGAUAAGUGUAGCAGUUCACAAAAAUCUGCUCCGGUUAAUUGGAUUUUGUACCACCUCUUCUGAGAGAAUCCUGGUUUAUCCUUUCAUGCAGAACCUCAGUGUGGCAUAUCGGUUAAGAGACCUCAAACCUGGAGAGAAGGGAUUAGACUGGCCUACUAGGAAAAGAAUAGCUUCUGGUACAGCACAUGGCCUGGAGUACCUGCAUGAGCAUUGCAAUCCGAAAAUCAUUCACCGGGAUUUAAAGGCUGCGAAUAUCCUCCUGGAUGAUGACUUUGAAGCUGUUCUUGGAGAUUUUGGGCUUGCAAAGUUAGUCGAUACAAAACUAACACACAUUACAACUCAAGUCCGAGGAACCAUGGGACACAUUGCCCCUGAAUAUUUGUCGACUGGAAAGUCUUCGGAGAAGACAGACGUGUUUGGAUAUGGUAUAACUCUUCUAGAACUUGUAACCGGUCAGCGUGCAAUAGAUUUCUCUCGGCUUGAAGAAGAGGAGGAUGUUCUACUACUGGAUCAUAUCAAGAAGUUGCUGAGAGAAAAAAGGCUCGAGGACAUCGUGGAUGAGAACUUGCACACUUUUGAUGCCAAAGAAGUCGAGACAAUUCUUCGGGUUGCCUUGCUUUGCACCCAGAACUCACCAGAAGACCGUCCAACGAUGGCAGAAGUUGUAAGCAUGCUGCACGGAGUGGGAUUAUCUGCAAGAUGGGCAGAGUGGGAGCAGCUUGAAGAAGUUAGAAAUCAAGAAUUCUCCCUCAUGUCCCAUCAGUUUCUUUGGGCUGAUGAAUAUACACAAGAUCAAGAAGCUAUUCAGUUGUCUCAAGCAAGAUAAGUAAACAAGAUCACCAGUAGCCUGUGUACCACAUUGGUGAAAAAUCUCUGUAAUUCUAUAAUAUCAUUCUAAAGCUAUUUCACAAGUAAAAUUACCCACGGCUUGGAACUAGGGUUUUGUAUGACUAUAGUUACUUCAGCAUAUGAAUGGCAGGUUAUGCUAUGCAUAACAUAUGGAUAAUCUAAUAGUAGGAUUUUCCUGCCUACAGCUUAAGACUAAUAUAUGUUUGAUAUGCAAUUUUGGUGGAUUUUCUUGAAACA